AUGAACGCGUCUCAACCAACGGCCCAGUUAGCUCAGAACGAUAUUGGGACGACCGCCUCAGUUCCCUCCCAGAAGCCGCUGCGCUCCAGGAAACGGGUAGAUGACCACAUUCCCAGACCUCCAAAUGCCUUCGUCUUGUUUCGUAAAGAUAUUGCCCCUGAACUCCACAGACUCCAUCAGAAGGAAAUUUCCAAAAUUGCAUCACAGCGGUGGGAUGUCGCGAAGACGGACGGAAGUGCUGCCAAGUACUACCUCCUCGCCGAAAAGGAGAAACAACGGCACGCCCUGAGAUACCCAGACUACAAAUACCAGCCCGAGAGACGUUCCAAGGAUGCGAAAGGAAGGAAAAAGGUAACAGAAGUCGCCCAGCCCUCUCAGCGACUUCCCGAAGCUACUAGCCCUGCACAGCCAAUUCCUUCUUCAUCUUUCGGCACGAUCCCUGGGAGCAGUGGGUACCCUUUGCCAUUUCCCUCCUCAAUCAGUCCUCUUCCCGUUCUCUGGACGGCCACUGGAGGGGUACCACCACGUGCUAGUCCUGGUACCUACGCUAUUGCUUAUCCAGGUCCGAUCUAUUUCGCCGAGGCGCUAGACGCGACACACUUCGCAGGUUUGACUUAUGCGCGUCCUUACCUUCAGUCAUCGCCGGCAACUACUCCCAGCCCCUCAGCUAGCUCUGGCAGCGGCACGAGCGGCACCCAUCCCUUGUUUAACCCUAUUCCGACCACAUCUUCCUCCCCGCCUCACUCAGACGAUGUCGACGUUUCCUUACCUUCAGUGGGACCAUCGGACGAAACCCCCCUGCCUCAAGAUGCAGUAUGUGGCGCACCGAAGGAGGUGAAGGAGUACGAAGAGACGUGUACAGGAUAUGAUGCGGUACUCGACGGUCAGGUUUUGAAUGCCAUGUUCGAUGGCGACGACUAUCCGAAGGAAGCGGAAGUUGAAGCUCAAUUCCAACCCUCUGCAAAUAGCCCCGAACCACUGGACGCGCCUAGGGGAGAUGACGAAGAAAGAACUAGUGAUGAGGAAGAUGAGCCCAAGCCUCAAUCAUCUUUCGACGUCGACACGAGUUUGUCCGGGCCUGUUUCCAAAGUACUCACCGAUUGCGCUGAGACUGAGGUACCAAUGCCACAUGCGUCGCUUGAAGUAAAUACGGCUGUGGAGGAUGGCGCAAAUUUGCCCGAACUCCCAGUCAGCGAAGCCCCCCGUGUGUUCGGCCAAAAUUUUGACUCUGCGUUCAAACCAAUGCUCGAAAUCAAAUGCGAGGUUUUCGAGACGAAGGAUCAAUCUUCUCCAACAUUCAAGUUGGGACAAGAUGACAACUGGGAGUGGGCCAAGAGUCGCUCGUUCGAACAGGACAGCGAAGGCUACAUAUCCGAUACUUCCCAUUUGUCCGACCUCGAUUCUGAUUGUUCCGACGACGACAUCCAACCCGGAUUAAGCAUCGCUGAAAGAAUUGUAGAGGUCCUAACCUUCCCUCUCAAUUUUGAACGAGAAUAUUACGUUUACGCCAUUUCCGAAAUGAACGACAUCACAAAUGCACUGAUUACCGGUUACUCAGAAACCUAUUUCUCUAACAUUAUCGGCGGUGUUGAAGAUUACGAUUCGUCCUUCCAAGCCAGGUUCGACGAGCUGCUCGAUAGUUGCGGUUCCUACGGUGUACAACGCGCCGAGCCGUUAUUCCAUCCCCUCCUUUUGCCCCCCGCAUGA